AUGCAUGUCUUUUCAUUCAUCUCGGCUCUUGUUGGCCUGUGGUCAUGCCUUGCCUCUGGUUUUACGAAUCCCAUCAAGACCGGCAGUGAUCCCCAUAUCGCCUACCAUGAUGGAAUGUACUAUCUGACUUCUACAACUUGGACUGAUGUUCGCAUUACGGCAGCCUCCACAAUCGAGGGCCUGAAGACGGCAGAAUCCCACGUCAUAUGGUCCGAUAGGUCAAACCCGGCUAGAGCAUGUAACUUUUGGGCUCCGGAGAUGCACAAGGUUGGGAAUCGUUGGUACGUCUACUUUUCGGCAAGCUUGUGUAAUUCCGACUGGGGUAUCGUGUUGCCGUCCUUGAGGGUAUACGCGCUGGAAGGUGGCACUGAGAACCCUCUCUCUGCCGAUUAUAAAAUCUCAGAUCCUGUUUUACCUCCUAAUUAUAACGCUGGUAUGCUUGAUGCGGCAUGUAACGAACUCCUUCCUACCCAUAGACACUCUCUAAUCAAGGACCGCCAGACCCUCUUCAAUAUUGAAGGCACUACGUAUUUUCUGUUCUCGGCAGUUGAUGGCCCCGAAAGCCCUGACGGAGCAUCCCUCUGGAUUGCCGAACUCCUUUCACCAACUACUUGUGGAAAUGCGACUAUGAUAGCAGCGCCCGAGUUCGACUGGGAGCAAGAGGAUUCUGCCGUUCUUGAGGGACCGUAUGGCAUUAUAUCCCCUGCCGGCAUCAUCUAUGUGGUCUACUCGGCCGACUCUUGUAACACACCCGCUUACAAGCUCGGCGUCAUGAAGUUCACCGCCGGAGCUGACCCUCUGGAUCCUAAAUCAUGGGCCAAGUCUCCUGAACCAAUCUUUCAGACCAUGAAUGGUCUUUAUGGACCAGCCCAUAAUGCAUUCUUCAAGAGUCCCGACGGCACGGAGGAUUGGCAGGUCUUCCACGCCAAUCUGAAUGCUAAUGAUGGCUGUGGCAGUACCCGCAAGACCUUUAUCCAACCUGUCAACUGGAAGGAUGACCAGAUUGACCUGGGGGAGCCCCUUCCUGUUGGUGUUGAGAUUAAGGCACCUUCAGGAGAAUAA